GAAUAAAAUCCGUGAGAAUUGACGAAGCCGAGAGAGGCGUGAAUGGGUGAUCAAUCCAAGGUGAUUCAACGAGGCUUCGCUCUCAUUAUAGAGUGUCUCCGGUAUCUCCUUUUUUUCCCCCGCGAAUUCGACAGAGAUUCGAAUUCUCCGCUCUAUUUGACGCUCCCUCUCGCCGCUUGAAGGCGGCGGCGGCGGCGGCGGCGGCGGUGGAUGCCCCUCGCCUCCUCUUGGACCGCCGCGAAGAGAGCCGCGCGCCGUCGUCUCUCCGUUGCCUCUCUCGACUUAGGAGAAUGUAUGGAACGGGCCGAAAGGCAAAAAGGAAAAAGGACUACCCGGUGAUUCGCUCUAUAUAUACUGCAACUAUCCGAGGGUAUGUCCAGUGCACGGUACGCGCCUCGUCCGUCAGCUUCGGCCUGCCGUCCUUACCAUCGAGAGCACGCUUAACUCCUGUGACCAGCGAGACUACUCGCGGAUCAUCCGUUCAACAAAGCAGCACAGGAGGAGAAUCGCGUCGAGAUCUCGGGUUUCGCAAAGUAAAGGAAGGAAGGAAACAAUGAAGGGAGUCGAACGAAGCCAUCAACGGCAACGGGCCAUCAUCUUGGCGGCUAUUCUGCUUCCCGUUCUUUUGGCCUUUGGGCCCGCUGCAGGCGAGAUCGAGAGACGCAGCUCGAAGCAGAUGGUCGAGGAGUCGGCCGAGGGCUUGGCCUCCGGGUUGAGCAAGGACUGCGGCAAGUCGUACAGCGCCACCUGCCUGAAACUGGACGUGGUCUCGUUCCUCGACAGGCUGUCCGAGCAGGAGGACAUCAGCAUCCUGCCGGGUGUCUCGGUGAUCAAGGAGAACGGGACUGCGAACGUGCCCGCCUCGGAGGUGGUCGCAAAUCUGGCCAGAGAUUUCCCCAACGACGUGGAGAAGAGGCUGGACGCGUACCUCGUGCACAAGGUGGGAAGUUAUCUCAACAGCCACUCCAUCUCCAUCAAACUGUUCGAUCCGAGGACGUUCGAGGCGGCGAGAAAUUUUAACGAGGAGACCCUGGCCCAGCUUGGACUCGGCGGUGGCGGGCAGCAAAAUGGCGUUGGAACUGGGCGCAAGAAGGAGAAGGGCGGCAUGGGAGGCAUGAUGGCGGGUCUGAUGAUGAUGAAGGGCACGUUGGGGGCGAUCGGUUUCGGCGCCCUAGCUCUGCUCGCGGGUAAAGCGCUGAUGACGGGCCUGAUGGCCCUCAUGUUAUCGGCCAUCGUCGGUCUGAAAUCUCUGGCGAGCGGGGGCGAGAAGAAGACCACCUACGAGAUCGUGAGCAAACCGGUGUACUCGAGUUCUCACACUCACAGCUCGGAGGAGCACCACGGCCACGGUUACGGGCAUUCAGGAUACGGGCGAUCCCUGGACGCGAUCCACGAGGACGUGGAGCAGGCCGUCCUCAAGUACGGCAACGUGCGGGAUCGUCGAUCGUUGCUUCGGCAAAAUUAAUAAAUAAUACUCGUCGUGCCGGCUACUAACAACUCCGCCGGUGGCAGAGAUCCAGUAGCACGCCUCUACCUCACCGAGUCUCCACACACUUCAUUUCCACUUUUCCACUCGUAUUCUUACUUUCCUUCCUCGUCCUUCGUCACCAUCUCUCUCACCAGCUGUUACGUUCCUUCUAUCUCUCUUUCUCUCUUUGUCACUCAUUCAUCAUCUCUUUUCUCUCUCUCUCUUUCUUCAUUCAUCGUUUCUUCCGGUUCUCUCAUUACACUGUAAUCUCGAUCACCGUCACCGAGCUAUAAACUCGUAGAUUCGUAGGUAUUUAUUUUACAUUGGAAUCAUGCUAUCGCCACCUCCACCACCACCACACGGUCACUCAAGGCUCGAGAGAAGAAGAAGCUGGUCGUCGUCGUCGUCGUUGCACACACGGACCAUCCUCGAAUCGUGUACAUGAUUUUCUCUUUGUUAUUUAUAUUGUAUUUAUUACCCAUUGUAAAGUUUUAAUAAAAAAAAAAAAUCAUGUUUUUAAGAA